GAGAAGAGCUCCGCAAGUUCUGCGUUGACAUUGGAGAACGAUGACGGCACUGACGAGGAGGACUAUGAACCCUUCUUCUCGCCUGGUCACGAGUCUUCAAUUGCUCCGCCCGUCUCGCACGUGACUGAGCUAGUAACGCAAGACAGCCAAUUCUUGCUUUUCCCAGGUGGCCGCUUCACCAUUUACGGAUGGCGGCAGUUGAGGUACGAUAUCGUGCGAAAGCCACAAGCUCGUGGUUAUCUAACGCAGUUGUCAGUACUGUAGCACUACUCGCAGCCCGCGGUAGAGGGGACAUACGAUCCGGAUCGAUACGGACCUUACUCACUUCGCCAACUCAACGGGGCCGCCGCGGAAAAUGUUCAAUAAGGUCUUCCUUCGCCUUCGUUACGAUCCAUACAUCCAAUCAAGCGAUGACGCCACCGACGCUACGGUCACAGUCCCCUUGUCUUGUCAAUACUUGCCCGCACUCAGGGCGAACGAAUCCGGCCUUUCGCGACAACCUCGACUUCGCAGCCACUACCCCCGGCGAGCAGAUGGACCAAUGCUUGGCGUUGCUUGAGAAGAACCGUGUGAACAGGCGAGCGCGACCGCCAUGGACAUGCAGAGUCGAGACGGCAACCUCUUUGCACAGCUUUUACAACAGCCCGCACGAGCGACGGUGUGGAGCUCCGCCUCGCAUUCCUGGCUGUUAGCGUAGACACGACAUGGAUUAUAGAUCUCCGCCAAAGCGGCGAAUGCGACGGCGUUCUGCGGACUCCAGGGAGACGGGCACCGCCAGACGGUAACUAUAGCAGAGGAGCUGCGCUCGGAGAGCAGCCGCGGCAGCCUACACCGCCGCCCCUUUACGAGCGGUGUUGCCGUGCUUCGCUCCGUCAUCCUUGCCACUCUUCUCUCUACUUGUACCAAACGCAACGACACUUGGAAGG